AGACUAUUCGCUGCAAGAACAGGUUUGUCUUGAAAUGCUAUGGUUGUGAGGUGAGUGACGCAGCCUUUUAAAAACGUGAGCGCUUAACCCAUGAAGAAUCAUUUCAGGCUGUCUCUGAUCCCGUGACGUGAACACAUACAGAACUACAGGCACCAUGGAUCCAAAGCAAAUGUGGAGUUAUGUGAAAUCUCCUCCAACAACUAAUACAGCUUGCCUUGUUAUAACAAAACUGCUCUUCCUGGCUCUUCCCAUUGCUCAGAUCACAAUAGGUGCAGUGUAUCUUCAAGACUGUCCCCAGCAGCGCUAUAUCCCAGUGUACGUGCUGGUCUGUGGAGUGUUUAGUGUAUUUCUUGCCUUGCUGUCCUGUCUGCCCUGUGCCAGAGAGACAGAGGAGGGAGGUCAAAACGCGCUCAGCUGUAUCUGCAAUGUGUGGAAUGCUCUUGUUUCUACCUUCUUGGUCUGUUGGAUGAUUUGUGGCAGUGUGUGGAUUUACUCUAUUUAUCCUCCUAAGUACAACCAAACCGUGGCUGGAGAUCUUUACUGCAAUAAGACUCUCUACCUGUUUGCAUUCUGGACCACCACAGUGGGAUACAUAAUGUUGGGUCUGACGCUGUUGCUUGGGUGCUGUGUUUGUAUCUGUGCUUGCAUUUGUGGCUCAGCACAGAAUUAACAAAAACUCUGCGCCAUUCUAAUUAAUCUUGAUGACAGGCUUUUGAUGGUUUGUACAAUAAAUUCACAAAGCCAAAUAUACGUGUCUUUAAUGUAAAACAUGUUAUGUAAAAAAUUGUCUUUAAAACUUUUGGUAGCAUUUUAAGCAUUAAUAGUAAAAAUAGAACUGAUGUCUUUUUUUUUUUUUUUUUUUUUGAAAAUGCAACAAUGAAAAUUUAAAUCUUAAUAAAAUCAAAGUAGCCAGCGA